CUACGAUGACGAGCGAACUGGCUAAGCCCUGCGCGCCCGUAAACGGCGUAUAGUCAACCAUCUUUUUUCCUUGAGACAGACUCCACAGCCUCUUUUAAACCCUUCUUCUUUUUCUUCUUUCUUUUUUUCAACCCCUCCUUUUAGAACUCUCCAAGACCCUGGAUCUUCCUAUUCCUCCCAAACCGACUCCAUAUUUGACUCACGCUAGAUGCCGUUGUGCUGAACCCUUAACUCUCCCCUCUCCCCCACAAUAACAUCCUACUGUUUCUGUCUCUUCCGCUUGCAACCAUGCCGGUCCCGCACCUCCGCCGCGCUUCCUUAACCAGCCGGUCAUCCGUGGACGACUCCCCCGGCAGCGGGGAAGAUGAGAUUGUCGAGCCCGAGCAGGGAAAUGUCCUCUCGCAUAUCAUUUCGCAGCUCCGACCGGGCGCCGACUUGAGUCGGGUCGUUCUGCCCACCUUCAUUCUGGAGCCGAGGUCUAUGCUCGAGCGCAUUACCAACUUCAUGGCACACCCCGAAACGCUUCUUCCUAUGCCCACGAUCGAUGACCCUGUUGAGCGCUUUGUUUCGGUGAUCAAAUUCUAUUUGAGUGGAUGGCACAUCAAGCCCCCAGGCGUCAAGAAGCCCUUGAACCCCAUUCUCGGAGAGACUUUCACCUGCUACUGGGACUACCCUGAUGGAACACGCGGAUACUAUGUUUCGGAGCAGACUUCCCACCACCCACCCAAGUCCAGCUACUUCUUCAUGGCUCCCGAGCACCACAUUCGGAUUGAUGGCACCCUCAAGCCGCGCAGCAAGUUCUUGGGCAACUCUGCAGCGAGUAUGAUGGAAGGUAUUGCGAUUUUGCGGCUGUUGAACCGGGGCCAGGAUAAGGAGAAGGGUGAACGAUACAUCCUCACCCAACCCAACAUGUACGCGCGCGGUAUCCUGUUCGGAAAGAUGAAGUAUGAGCUUGGUGACCACAGUUAUGUGCGGUGCCCGGAAAACAACCUCGUGGCCGAUAUCGAGUUCAAGACCAAGGGUUAUUUCUCGGGAACAUAUAAUGCCAUUGGAGGCACGAUCAAGAACGAAAAGACUGGUGAAGUUUUAUAUGAAUUGUCAGGCUUGUGGAACGGCGAGAUGCACAUCAAGGAUGUCCAUACUCACCAAAAGGAGGUUUUAUUCGAUGCCACACACGCAAAGCACACGAAGCCCCUUGCACGCCCCAUCAGUGAGCAAGCAGAGCGCGAAUCGCAACGACUAUGGGAACCCACGGUCAAGGCGAUCCUCGCGCAAAACCACGCGGCCGCGACGGACGAGAAGACUAAGAUUGAAGAUCGCCAACGAGACGAGGCCGCCAAGCGUGUCGACGAAGGUGUUGAGUGGCGGCCCCGAUUGUUCCGGGCUGUACACGGCGGCCAUGGUGGUCAAGACGAGGGCGAGGAAGACCUAGAUUGGAUCAUCAAUGCCGAAGUCGAUUCACACGAUCCCGAGACCGCCAUCAAGCAAAUCCUAGCCAUCGCACCCAUCCUCGAAGGUCAGAAAGACUCCAGCCAAUUCCAGAUCCCGCCGCAUGCUUCCAAGCCAUCCAACUCUGCGACACCGGCGCUCCCCGAGCAAGACACGACAGCUAAUACCGCGAGCGCAGCCUCAUCCACAGGAAACAACACAGCCGCAGCCAGUAUCGUGGAGCGGAAAGACACCGAAACACAAGAAGUGGAGGAGUUUGUGGAUGCGGAGGAAAAGCAGUGAAAUCUGGAAACAAAACAACCACAACAUAACAUAUACUCCGGCCUAGCCCAUUCACCACCAACUCGCGCCGAGGUCCUUUCCAGCCACACGCCUCGCUCAGAGUCCACCACCCACUGCUACUCUAUCAAGCUAAGCAAUCAGUCUGCACAAGCUAUCUAGCAAGCAGUACUCGAGCGGCUGGAAAAUGACAACCACACACACCCUUUCUACUUCCCAUGACCACCCAUUAUGUUCAACACAAGCGUUUCCCGGUCUUAAAAAACCGCACCACAUUGCUGGAUACCCGAUUUGAUUCUGGAUUUUGCGAUCCCUCCAAAAAACAAAGAAAAGAAAACACAUUAAUAAUCUUCGAAAUUCGUCAAAUAAACAAAUGAAAAUAAAUGCAUGCUUCAAACACAUCCAUCUUCGCAUUGCAUCGCAUCGCGCUUCUUCUGGAAUCAAGAUUGGUUGGGAGUGGAUUGGGGGUUCGUUGGAGGUAUUAGCGUCGAAGUAAUGUUUAAUAUGGGGUGUCGUACAAGAUAGAGAUACCAUACCAUGGCUUGGACCUGGAUUCAUUGUCUUUUAUUGAAGGAUUGAAAAGUCAAAGAUGCAGGUUUCAUUCUUAUGGUCUGAUUUACUUGGUUCUCACUCGUAAAGUACGGUGUUAUUAAGAUCAGAAUGAGUUGAUGAUACAGGACAAGUCCAAAGGUCUGAAUCUAGG